AUGUCCGUGAAUCCGUUUUACCAGCAUGUGGUGGUUCACGGGUUACCUUAUGAUCGCGGAUUCUCCUAUGGUCAGCAAACCAAGGAGAAGAUCCAGCGCAAUGUCACGUACUAUAAGCAGCCAGGCAAGCUGGGACCAUGGUCUUCGGUUUCGAGAGUCAUUCACAACUGCUAUAUUCCUGGGUUGCAGCGUUACUGGCCAUCAGGAUGGGAAGAGAUGCGUGGUGUUGCCGCUGGCGCUGGCGUUACAAUUGAAGAUAUCGUCAUGUUGAAUGCGCGAUAUGACCUCUCGCAUGUAAAGUUCGAGGCCGUUUCUGAAACUCCCACCGCAGAAGAAUUGGUGGAAGCUAUUCCUGAAAUCACUCAGGGGACUCCUGGCGUUAAAGUCGCCGUCGAAGAGUCCAAGGCCGCCGAGGCUGCCGAGCCCACCACUGAAAAGGAGCCUACCAGCGAGGAAAAGGCCGUCGAUGAAGGACAGCAGGUCGAAGUCGCAGAAGAAUGUACCUCCUCGAUCAUUCUUGCCCCUGCAACAAGGGACGGGGUAGUAUUCACUGCACAGAACUGGGAUAUGUCCCACCGACUUGUCACUGAAGACGCCAUUAUCUACCUCGAGAUUCAUCCAGAUCCCUCCGAAAACAUCCCGAUAAUGUUCCUUGUCACCGAGGCGGGUCAGCUGGGCCGCUCAGGAUGCAACGGGGCCGGGCUAGGUCUCACAGCGAACUCCCUGCAGAGCGAUAUGGACCAAGCUCCCGAUUUAUCAACGCCUAUUCCCCCCUCUGGGGCAUUGAGACGGCUCUUCCUUGAGCAGUCUAACUACUCAGUCGGACUGAAGUGCAUCGCCAGAACCCCGCGCCACGUCUCGUUUAAUAUGAUGGUCUCAUCUGCCGAUGAUAUUGGCAUGUGUCUGGAAGUGACACCGCGGACGAUCUUCAGGUCCGUCAUUUCCUCGGGCUCGGAGAAGCCUUACCUCGUGCACAGUAACCACUUCCAGACUGGCCCCUUCCUGUCACAGACGCAAAUUGCCGAUACGUACCUUGGAGGGAGCUCAUGGUAUCGCGGUGACCGGCUAGAAGCAGGGCUGCGCAAACAGGCACAAAAGGAAAAUUUGAUCGAACGGGAUAUUGUGAAGGCAUUCCAAGACCAUGCAGGUUAUCCACAUAGUCUAUGUGAGCAUGUUGUUGAGGAACAAAGCUCCAAGCAGGAGAGCUCUGGGCCGUAUUCUGGUCCCACAUCGACUGUCUGUUGUGUCGUUUAUAAUCUGUCUAAACGCACGGUGCGAGUUUGUAAAGGUUGCCCAUGCGAGGGAACAUUUCAAGAUUUCGAGUUGCGAUGA